AUGGUCAACCUCCCCCUGCCGUACAAUGGGAUUCUUGGACGACCAGCUCUAGCAAAAUUCGUGGCGGCAACCCAUUAUGCCUACAACACCAUGAAGAUGCCUGGGCCGGUAGGAGUCAUUUCCAUCCCGUCGGACAAGAAGGACGCAAUCAUUUGCAUGGACAAGAUGUACCGGGACACAGUCGCGGCAGAGGCCGCGGCAGCUAUAGUUCUAGCCAAGGAAAGCAAAGGAAAGCAGAAGGAUAGCAGGGAAACUAGCAAGAAAUCCGGGAAGCAUACCUCUUCGGAGUACGCUGCACCUGUCGAUGACUUGCCGGAAAGUUCCAACAGCAAGAGAUCCAACGUUGCUGCGCCACAUGUGAAGAAGGUCCCAGCAGGGCUGGCUGGCGUUGAUGGUACCUUGACCAUCAUCGCCACCCUCGAUGACAAAUAG